GCUUCCUUCCCCUCCGGGCAGCUCUCCCGGAGCCUUUUUCUCUUUGCAGCCGCCAGCUCAUCCCGAGCGAGUUGUUGGCUCUGCGGUCCGGGUCAUGGGGUUGUCAUGUGGCUCGUCCGCACGCUUCUUAACUGCUGGGUUUUUCUUGCAGCUUCCUCGCGGCCGGUGUUCCGGAGGCAAAUCAGGGGGGCCCGUGAUUAAACUGUCUUGGUUUCACAGCGUUUCGGUGUGGAACGGGAGGUAGCGGAUUCAGGGACAGGAGUUGGUACAGGGAGGAGAGAAUUCAUUCAUCCUUUGAAGUGCGUUUUGUCCUUAAGAGACUGAGAAAGUUAAGGCAGGAAAAAAAUAAGAAAAAAAUAAACUAAGAAACUACUUAAUCAAAAAAAAAAAAAGUUUAUAAAGAAGAGAUUGACAAAAGUGCUACUGAAAAGGUGGAUAGUACUGUACCCAAAGCAGAGGAAGAACUGAGGAUUCCUCUUCUCAGCUCUGCCACCAACCCAUUAGACGGGUUACUUCCAGUUUUCUGGUUUGUAAAAUGCUGGUUUAAGCUGAGAAUCAUCCUUGUAAAGUGCCUUGUGGUUCUGAGCAUACUAAAUGCUGUGCUGUGGGGGUUGUGCAGACAGGGCCCCUUCCCUUUUGUGAAGUCUGAGGUAAGGGUUUGGUUUGCCAUGUUCUGAAGGAGAUGCAAGUUGAGUUGAAGUCGCAAUAACACCAGAAACCAAGACUAAACGGGUACUUGUUUUGUCUGAUCUGACCGUACUAUUUGCACAUACCAGUUCUUGGAACUGCUGUUUCAUAGUAUCGUGCCCAUCGCAUGACUUUUGGGAUCCGAGGAAGAUCAGUAUCUUCAAGGGCUUAAAUACAGAAGCUUACUCCUAAGUCUAGUGCUUAAUGCCUGGCUGAAAUAACUGGUGUGAAAGCUCUGCAAGGUAGACCUUCUGUCUAAGGUGACUGGAUGGUCUCACUGAGCAUGUAAAUCUUGAAAUAUUUUUGAGAUGGGUAGGUAUGUUUAAAGGCAUCAGCCGUAUGUUGUUCACUGUGCCUGCUGUAAAUGCUGAAUGAAUGAUUUGAAGCGUUGAAGUUAUUCCAGUUCACAGCAGCAUAGCUGAGUAGAACGUGGCGAGGGCUCCUAUUGAAACCCUCAUCAGAAGUGAAUGGUAAAGUCUCAUGCCUUAAGUCAGCAGACAUCCAACAAGACAUGCUGCAGGCAUGGGAGUUCUGGACAUGCUUCAAGGAGGGAAUGGUCCAAACAAGAACAUUUGCUGAGUCCUUCAGUCUGGAGGAGGGGAACCCGUCCAGCCUGGGUGAAGUCAAGGAGGAAUAUGUCAAGGGGUACUUCAACAAUCACAGCACUGCAUCACCCUCAGGAGCUGUGAGUGAGAGUGACUCCACCAUCUGGUAUCUGAUACAAGAAUGUGAAAAACAAACAAUGGAAGAGGAUGAGAAGCCAGCAUUCAGCCAGUACCCAGGUGCUUCAUCCCCAGAUCUGGUGGAAUUUGAACGGUACCUGUAUGUUUAUAAGCACACAGUAGACCUGCUGAUAGAGCAUGGAGUUUUUUGCACUAAGGAGGCACCUCUGCCUGUGAUCUCCAUGGCUAUUUCACACCUCUGGCAAGAACUUUCUGAAGAAAGGAGAGACAGUGUCUUGCAGUACUGUAGCCAGAGAGAUUUCCUCCUGGAUCCAAAGGCUGCUUGCCAAGAACCUGUGUGCACUGAUGGUGACAUGAGGGACAGUCAAGGUAACAGUGAUGAAGCCAGUGGUUCCUCAGUCUCCACACCGGAGGAAGUAAUGUUUGAAGAUGCGUUUGAUGUUGCUGCCGGUUUCCUCAACACAAAUGAGACUCAGGGAAUGUCUAGCCAGAGUUCAGCAUUUGCAAGCUGCACUUCUGAAAAUCCAGAGGAUGACCACAGACUCUAUCUGCAGAUCACUGAGUUCCUAAAAAGCCUUUUCUUUGCUAAUGCACAGUUUUGCCAGGUAAGCUUUGCCAAAGGGUUCCUUAGAGAAGGAGCAGUGUAUUUCUGUCACCAUCAGACAGGGAUUUGUGUUCUCCAUGCUUCAGAUCAUAUUGUCCAGCUCUUUUAAAACAAGAGCUUGGGGUUUAUCACUUCAGAUGUGUCAGUCCAAAGGUCACUAGGAUUGCCUCUGUAAGACACAAGGUUUGAGGUGUCAUGCUCAGAAUCUGACUAAAAAUCCAAAUGAUGUGAGGAUUUUUUAUUAUUACUGUUUUAUUAAUUGAACUUGCAGGUUGAAAAGCUGGAGUGAUCUCAUGUAAGCAGGUAAAGCAGUGCCUGCUCUCUCCAUAACUCAAAGCCUCUUGAUUCUGAGCUCAAUAGGGACCGCCUUGUGCUUUGUCUUGGUGCCAGGUUCCCUACCCUCAGCCCCUAUCUGGCAGGCCUUAAGAGCAGGGUAAUUAUGCUCUUAAAAGAGAACAGCUCUUAAAAGAGAGCAGCUGCUGUGCUGUGCCUUACCCUCAGCCUGCUGUUGCAGGUUCACUGAGCCAGAAAUCUUUGUGUUUGCACUGUUCUUCCUCCUGUUCUUGUCCUCUUGCCAAGGAAGUAUCUGAGAUCUCGCACGUGGGUAGAGGACCAAAAGGGAGAGAUCCCUCAGCAGGAACAUGCUUGUUUGGGCUCAGAGUCAGUUGUGCCUCUGUUCAAUGGCCACUGUUAUAUCUUAUUUUAUUUUUUGCUAUCAUCUAGCUUCCACCUGCUCUUUGUUACAUGAGCAGAUGUUCCUUUAAAGAAAACAGAAUGUUUGUGAUGAAGGGUAAUUGAGACCCCCCCAAAAAAGCAACCACAAAACAGAAACUAGUAUUGCACCACUUCCUAAAAUUCUCACAUAAUGAUUUCUGUGUGCCAUUUGGUUCCCACUAUCUCAUGGAGAUAUUAGCAUUAGAGGGGGGUACAGAGCAUGGCAGCAGAUGCAGCAAAAGCUAUUAAACAGGAGCUACCAGAGUAGGACUCUUCAGCAAAAAAAAGACUUGAUGGGUAGCAUGAGAGAAUUUUGAUCCUAAAUGGAUGUGGUACACAGAAUGACUGUUCAUUGCUCUAAGACCAGAACUAGAAAGCACCCACUGAAAUGAAAACAACGUAGUCCAAUCAGUAUAUUGGCAGUAUACCUGAAAGUCUAGAUACAAUUCCCAGUUCAGAAUCUCCUCACAGCAGUGUGCCAGAAUGCAGCAGCAUGUAUUGUGGAACAGAGCAUAUUGUAUGCUAUAUUCUUGCAUUUCUUGUCUAAACAUCCACUCCUGGCCAUUGUCAGAGACAAGGUGCUGAUCUACACAGCCCUUUGGUCUGUGAAUUACUGUGUUCUGCAUAAACACAGGGCUCUUCCUGUGUUUAUGUAAAUGACCAUGAACUGAAGAUGCUUAGAAAAGAAAGAUCAACUGUAGGCAAGAUACAGUAUUUUUGAGUUACGAUUGUCAUGCCUUAGUGCUAAUUUUGUCCUCCUGCUUGGUGCUGUACUGUUAAAUGUGAGCCCAAGCUCAUCUCACAGCUCCCAGACUGUGGCAUGAGUGGUAGUGAAAUACAGCAGAUUGGCAGUUGACUGAGAACUGCACAUCCAAAAGGAAGUAAAAGACUGUGUGCACUUUUUUUUUUUUUUUUUUCCCCAGGACCUUUUGGUUGUUUGUGAUGAGACAAUAAAAAGGGAGUUUGAGCAGAAAUCACCCAGGCUAGAGAGUACUGAUAAUAUGAAGGUUGCAAUCUGUUUUGGUUUAGAUAACUGCAGUACAGCACAUCUAGAGAAUCCUGGCCAAGAAGGGGGAAAAAAUACAACUGACAAGAGGUUUUUUUUUUGUUUUGUUUUGUGAGCAGAAAUUCAGCUCUGUCUCUGAGCAAAUAGUUGGAGGCAGUUAGGGAAGUGACUGCCGAGUGGGCCGAGGAAACAUUUCGGCUAGCUUGAAACACUGACAGGCAGCAGCAGAGUGCUCAGUGUAGGCUACACAGCUUAGCCCAGAAAUUGGUUUACACAGGUCUCUGGAGACUCCUGGACUUGUCUGGGUUACGAGACAAGUCAUUUGCUUACCUUGUGGGUGUGACUGAGUCCUUGCAGACCGCAGUGCCCAUGUUGGUACACCAGCCCAGGAGUUUGGGCAGUGCCUGUGGCAUAGGUUAUCCCGAGGUAAGUGGAGUCCUGGUGCACUGUGCACACACAUGGUAGGUGAUUCAGAGGUGGGCAGCAGGUAAGUACUAAGGCAAGAUAACCAAUGUGUACUUGACUGAAUGUGAAAGGCAGCCUGUGGUCUCCUUCCCUGCCCCCUGCAGAGCUGGUGAGGUGACACAUUUUAUUGCUGGUCAGUAUGUACGAGUUCUGCGUUACGCCAUUUGCAGUUAACUAUCCAGGUACAAAGUGUUGGGUUGUGUGUGCCUGCUGUUUUGUAGUCGCAGCUCCACUGAGUGCAGCUCCUCUUGAGCUGCUGCCCUGGUGCUGAGGGCUGCCAAGGUCACGCACCCCAGUGAUGUAAAAUGCUUGAGAAAGAAUCACACAGGAGGAGGGAGGAAACCAAUGGACGAAGAAAGGGAGUGCUCUUAAAAGGACUUUGGCCCCAAAAUGACAACAGGAGCGUGGAAGCUACAUGGUACAGAAAUAUUUCUGAGCGUGGGAAUAGUUAAACACUCUUGUCAGCUGUCCAGAGCUGUUGUCAUGAGACAACAUAGUAAGAGAUGCUAAGCAGUAUAGGCGCUAAAAGUUUAUUUGGAUUGAGGUUCAAAGUUUUUAAAGUAUCUAAGUGAAAGUCUGCUUUUUUUCUAAAUUGUAUUGAGUACCUUUGUAUCUUCAUCUGCACGCUUUCUUUUAAAAUUACAGAUUUUAGAUGAGUCAUUUUGCAAGCAAGAGCGAUUUAGUGCUCCUUAAGCUAUACAUUUUAUAAAUAUCACCUAUUUUUAAAAGCAGUCUUUCCCUGACAAGUCUUGCAUCAAUGCAGAAGGUAGACUGGAUUGAUUGCAGACACAAAUGCUUUCAUCUCAUAGACUUUGAUUUCUCAAGAGCCACUUAUGCUCUGUGAGCUGGUCAAGAAGACUAUUUCCUUCGAUUGCUAAAAGCAGCAAAGCCUGAAAUCAGUAAAAGUUGAGGGCUCGAGGAAGCUCUCGUAUCUUCAGAGCCUGUUAUGUGACAUGCUUGCUACCACAGUCAAUAACACGAGUCCAAAUGAUGUAAGUAGAGGCAGGGUGAAGCCCUGUCGUUUUUAGAGUGAAGUUGGUUGGGAAUCUGAGACAUUCUUUGUCAGGCACCUCAGGCACUUGAGUGACAAGCUGCUGAUUCAGAGAGGCACAUUAGCUGACACUUGCCAGCUUGACCAACCAAUCACUUGGAAACACAAUCAGCUCCUCUGCUUUUUAACCUUACCUGGCUUUGGGGGGGGCGUUUCAGGAAGAAGAUCUUCAGUUUGAUUAUGAGACUGUGAUGCUGAGGUGCACUGAGACCUUCGAUGAUGAAGAUUUGUAAAUUGUAUCUCUGUUUGCUAAAGUUUUAUCAAGCAUUGCUGGAUGCACCAGUCAUGUGAAGCGGCUGCACCUCUUUCAGUAGAGCGCCUUUCCAAGCAGAAUGGAGAGACACCGUGUUGAAGUGGUUUGUUGUUGUUAACUUCCCCUUCCCUCAGCAGUGCUUCUUGACAUACCAGUUGAGCAAUUUAUACUUUUAAAAGUUCCAGGUUUUAAACAUUUAUAAAAUCGUAAGGAAUAUUUUUGUCUGUGGCUUUUUAAUGGUUAACCUCACCUCACAACUAUACUUCAGGCAUGUAAUGUUCAGUGACCUUGCCUAGCAUAGGCUGUGGAAGAGAUGCAGAGAGGACACAUCACUGGCAACCUAUGUAUCUCAGGGUGUGACCUGCAAAACUCACGAAGUGCCUCCCAGCAUCCUGGCAAUGAUUACUUUCCUCUACUAUUUUUCAUCUUGGGCUGGCAAUGAAAGAGGAAUUUCUUUGCAGAGAGUGAAAUGGGGCUCUUCCAUCUCUUUAUGAGGACAACAGCAGUGGCCACCCACUCCCAAAUUGCCCAGAGAGGUGCAGGCACAGCAGUAAACUUUGGGUUAUUUUUUUCUGUGAAGUGUUUAAAACGCAGAGAGAGUAAAGCCCCCUGACACAUCUCAGUCCUUGAUGAGUAGUUCUGCUCGCGUGGUGCCUUGGAAUUAAAAAUGCUGUGAAAAUAAAUAAGAUCAGUCACGUCUCUGAGCUGUCAGUAGCAGCUCUCUGCAGGCUUGAAGUGUAGUGGUUAUGCUGAGGACAUGCUAACAGCCAUUACAAACAGAAAGGCUAAAAGUUGGUUUUAAAAUUCAGGAUAAAGCUGGUAUGCUGAGGUAUCCAUCGCUCUGCAGCAGCCAGGAUUUGGGGCUGAAUCCAAGAGGGCUGGGCUGUGUCCCAGCACUGCCUCCUGCAUAGGCUGGGAUGCACACAGCUGUGUUCACCCAGUCAUGUGGAGAUUGGUGCCAAAGUGCAAGGGGUGAUAACUCCUCUGGAGCACGUCCCGUCAGUCUGGUUGAGGCUGUGGUAGCACUCCCAGGUGGACGUUUGCUGGGCUAUUCUGUGAGGGGAGGCCCUACCUCGCAGAUCCUGCUUGGGUUUAAAAGCUCUGAAUUCUGCAGAGCAUGACCUUGCCUUUCCAUCACCUGUCUGGUGUGCUUCAUGUGUACAGGUUGUCAGUGCCUUGGUGCCUUAGGCAGUGCUGACUCUCCGUCCUCCUCCUCUCCUUCUCAUUCCUAAAUAUCAAGCAUAUAUUGCCCUGUGCAGUCUCAGUUUUGGGACGCAUGCUGGUUAAUCUGAGGUCAAAUCAUUCUUUCCUUUAGGAAUGAGGACAAGACACAGAUGCACAAGGGUUUGCAUCAUACGUUCUACAUAUGCUUUCUUAUUAUUUAGAUUGGGGGGGAAAGUAUGUUAGUUUUUCUCAGGGUUGAAUCUACUGUUUUUACAGCUUAAAGCGUCUCUUUCAGAUUUUAAAGACUCCUGUCUACAGAUCCAUUUGCCAUAUGACAUUUGGUCGGUUUUGUUACAGGAAUGAGCCUUUUUCUAUGUCCACCUUAAUUACUGCAUCACUUGAGGUCAGACUUGGCAAAACUGGCUUGUACAUGGAAAGCCAUAUGAGUAGCUACUGUUAAAGGAUUAACAGCCUUUUUUAGCCCUCAAUCCCCAGCCUUUUGAAGGCCAGUCCAGGACGGUAGUUAAACAGCUGGAAUAUUUCAUUUUCAUUUGACUUUCAGCCUGCUUCGUAACAGGGGAGACAAUUUGAAGUAGUCACCAUAUACUAUGCAGAUGCAUUCCCUUGAUCAUCACACGGGAGAGCUGCUGGUGCUUCACCUGGAAGAUUUUAGGUUAAGAUGGUCUGAACAUGAAUGUGAAACAACAGGUGUGUUGGGGUAGUGUAAAACUAGGAAAUAACUAUUCCAAAUGGUAGCAAGCUGUGUGGGAGGUGUUUAUGAUGUGAGGGAGAGUAUGAUGAGCACCUUACUGCAGUACAUCCUGUGACAUGACCAUGUUAGCAUGUUAUUGCUACCUGUGUGCUAGCACCACUUCCUUCAGUGCUCACUGGUUGGUCUUGAGGAAACUUUUUACGAAAAAUCUGGAAAAAGCUAGCAGGCUACUGGGGAAGGAGGGGAGAAGCUUGAGGCAGGAGGGCAGCUGGAACACAGGAGUGACAGACAUAAAGCAGCCAUGGGAGUGAGGCCACUGCAGAGAUUCUGUACAGCUCUGCUGUAGCAUGGCAGCUCCUACACUUUACAACACAGUGGCUAUAACAUAGAGCAGACCUACUGCCUGGCUAUGUUGUUAGGUGUGGAAACGAGCCUCUAAUUAGCUGUUCUAGAGCCAGUGCAAUUAGGUACAAGCCAGUGCUCAUCACCAGCUCUUCAGCCAGAACAGCAGGAGCGUCUGCCUGGGCUUGGCAAUUAGCUGUGCACACCUCUGCGAAGCUGC